CAUUCAAUCAAACAAUUUAUGAAACAGCCAGUUUGCGUGCCGGGGACUAUGCUGUGACUGACACUGUGGCGAUUUAGAUAAAAACAAACAAGAAAAACCACUGUAGUGAGUGGUGAGAUUGUGAGACUAACUCAGCGGAAAACAGAAAAAACUAGCACAGGAACUGCUUGUACAAUCACAUUUUUUUCCAUUGGUCACAAGAAUGUCACAAUUCACAAGUGACGUAACUGGCUCAGGAUUGAAGAAUAUGAAAUAAAUUUGAUUUCAAAAAUGUAUCGUUUGGUGUCUAUCUUCCGCCAGAUAACUGUUGAACCAGUUCUGUUUGCGUUCAUGCUAUGUACAUUUCUUAAGCUACCAGUAACUCAGCAACUAAUUUUUCGUAAAACGUGCAUAAAUCUAUACAAUAAGUCAUUUUGUUCGCACAACCUUACAAGAGGAAGCUGUGGCGACGGCAGUAAUGAUGCAGAAAACGCCGUACAAAAGUCAACUUCGGAAUGGAUUUUCUACAACAGUUUUGCCCAUUCUAUACCAUCUAUCAUCUCGUCUCUUCUUCUUGGUUCGUGGUCUGAUAGAUUUGGUCGGAAAGUAGCCAUUAUAUUGCCUUUGAUUGGUCUAUGUAUUGAAGGUCUUUCAGGUCUACUAAAUGUUGUCUUCUAUGAAGCAUCGCCUGUACAUUUGCUGUAUGGUAACAUAUUAUCUGGUAUGUGUGGUGGUUUUAGUGCUGUCCUUAUGGCACUGUUCUCGUAUAUUGCAGACAUUACAAAAGACAAGAGCAAUCGAACCUUAAGAAUUGGACUUUUGGAGUCAAUGACCUUCAUUGGUGGAGCAACUGGUGAAUUAUUGAGUGGAAUAUUGAUUGAAGGAACAGGAUUUAUGGCACCUUAUAUUAUCAUCUUGACUUUGAGCUUUGUAACAAUAGCAUAUGUUGUAUUUGUAAUAAAAGAAUCAUAUUUUCCUACAAAGCCAUCCCAAUGGUUUUCUCUCAAGAAUUUUCAUGGUAGUUUUGUGGUAUGGUAUAAAGAAAGGCCUGGAAAGAGCAGACUAUAUCUUGUCCUCCUAUUGGCUUUGGGAUUUUUUGUGCCCAUAUUAAUUUUUACUGGUACCAAUGAUGUCGUGAUUCUCUUUGUCCUCCGUCGUCCUCUAUGUUUUUCAUCAAAACUGAUAGGUUACUUUCUUGCUGUAUCACUUGUGGUUAAAGGUACUGGUGUUUUAGUUGGCAUACCAAUAAUGACCCGCCUUCUAAAACUGUCAGAUGCUACCAUUGUUUGUGCUGGAAUUGUAACCAAUAUAUUAAGUACAGUGUUUAUGGCAUUCUCUGUUAGACCCUGGCAAGCUUUUCUUGCAAUAUCUUCUGGGAUAUUCAAUGGGGUCACGAUUCCUACUGUUCGGGCCAUGAUGUCAAAAUUAGUUGAAAGUGAUGAGCAAGGAAGUUUAUUUGCUGUUACUGCAAGUGUGUCAGCUGUGUCCACACUUGUUGCAUCAUCAAUAUUUAACAAUUUAUACAAGGAAACUGUUUCCACUUUACCUGGACUAUGUUUUCUGGUCAUGUCUGGAAUGUUAGUUUUGCCUCUUGUGCUCAUGAUAUAUUUCCGAAUUGUUUUGAACAAUACAACGAGUCAACUGAGGGUUAACGACGAAGCUUUAUUAGCAGAUUCUGAGGAGAGUAUUGCUUAACACGAGUGACGCACAUUCAAUCUUAUAAUUCUCAUUAAUCAUCGACAAGUUCAAGCGAUGUCAUCAAUCAACGUUGAAUUUUUUAUCAUUACACAAAUUAUAGAUAACCUACAUAUGAUAAAUACAUCUAAUGAGUAUUUACUGGGAAGUUUUGACAUUAACAGUGAAAGUUUAAAUAGAAUAUAUACAUGGAGAAAUAGAGUUGUACAUUUUCAUUAUAUAUUAUAUAUAUAACAUGCACAAAUUAAUAAGUAACUUAAUAGUUAUGAGGGAAAAUAUAGCUCUCUUAUAACAUGUGAUUAUUGAUAUUAGAUAAUCAAAAAUGAAA